GAUUCAGAAAAUGAUUCAGAUAGUGAUUCAGAUUCAGAUGAUGAAGGUAAAGAGCAUUUCCCAACUUCACACGAGCUCCCAUUGAACGGGCAUUCUAAAAAGAUCAAUAGCCUCAAAUUUUCAAAUUCUGGAAACAGACUUUUCACAACUGGUGCUGACUAUAACCUAAGCAUUUAUGAUUUCAACUCAAUGAACCCAGCGGCAACAACACCUUUCAAAUCAUCUGAAGUUUAUGAAUCUCAGCCAAUUAUUAAAACUGAUCUAAAUAAGAAAAACGAAAUUUUGACAAUACCGAAUGGUUUAUCUUUCAAGGUUUUGGAUGCUGAUGGUGAUGCUUUAAAAGAAUUUAGUGAAGGUGAUCGUUAUAUUUAUGAUGUUAAAACAACAAGAGGACACACUGAUGUUUUGACUGAUGGUGUAUGGAACCCUGUUGAUCAGGCGAAAUUUGCAACAUCAAGUAAUGAUUCCACUUUCAGAUUAUGGGACCUUGGUACUGGUAAACAAGAGAAAAUUAACUUUAUAAAAUGCAAGGGAAAGAAAACAAAGAUUUCUAAUGUUUUAUAUACAACUUCCUCCAAGUCAAUUAUGGCUACUGAUUCAGAUUCAAGAAUAACACUUUGGGAUGUUAAUGGGAAUUUUAAUAGACCAACUAAGGAAUUACAAUUAAAUGGCACAAUCACUUCAAUCAAUACUAAUUUGGAUGAUGAAAAUUCAGUAUUGGUACGUACUACUAAUAAUGAUCUUAAACUUUAUGAUUUAAGAAAUUUUACGAAUCCAGUGAUUCAAAGAUUAGAUUUUCCAACAGCAGAUUUGAGCUCUGCUACUUCAUACCAUGGACAAUUUAUUUUGGCGGGUACCUCAUUUCAAAAUCAAGAUAGAGAUACUGAAUUGCAUAUUUUGGAUAAAUCUGAUUUGGUAACAUUGGAAACUUUGAGCUUCAGUGGAUCAAUCACAGCUUUGGAUUGGAAUAAAACUAUUGACCAAGUUGCAGUUGGAACAAAUUCAGGUGGGUUAAGUGUGUUAUUUUCUCCAGAUAGCUCUAAAAAUGGUGCCAAAAUAACAAUCAACAACAAACCAAAAAAGAGA